AUGGUACAAGUAGGCUGGGGCUGGGCUGAAGAUGUGAUGGAGAUGUGUGGUGGAUGUUGUGGAGGCCAGGCAGAGGAGGAUCGGAGGAAGGAUGCGCAAAAGCCGGGCAACGGGUAUAUGCUGCUAUUACUUCUUGAUGAUGAUGAUGAUGAUGAUGAUGAUGACGAGGCGAUGGCAUGUAAGGGGUCGGAGAUAUACUCGAGCUUGACUAUGUAUGUACCUAUGCGGUUCCGCAGUGUGAAAACAGAACAGCCCGGCUACGUACGAAGAGGGAACAAAGGGAUCGUGGACGUGCGCUCUCGCCUCAAUGACGGGACGGUCCUGGAGGAGGGAAUCGGGAGGUCGAAGGGUCUGGGAUGCGCCGCGAUCACUAUUCAGUCAGAAUUGAUGGAGAUGGUUUAUCGGGUCAAGUUCCUGUUCGGAGGUUUCAGAGCAAAACUGGACGACGGAAUGUCAACCUGGUCGGAGAAUGGGUCCGUUCCUGCAGCAGCAGCAGCAGCAGCAGCAACAGCAACAGCAACAGCAGCAGCAGCGGGCAGCAGCACGAUGCGUGUGGGAGGGGAGGGGAGGUGGUCGGGCGUGGUCGAUUUUGGGCAGGAUACUACGAAACCGACGUUGACGGGAUGGAUGGGGGAGGUCGGUCGGUUAUGGAGCGAGUUAGGUUCCCUGGCUUGGAGUUUCUGUUCUGCAAUUCUGGAGUCCAGUCCAGUCCCUUUGCUGGAGUCUGAUGAGGAACCGAAGGGAGCGGGACCAGGGGGUGCCGGGUUCAACCUGAUGUUGGUGUUGGACUUGACGGAAGGACACAAGUUCCAGAAGGGAAACCUGAAACGGCAAGCGAAACUUAGAAUACAACAACAACAACCGAAGCAACUCAAAGUCACCAAGCAAGGGCAAUUCUUGACGCGGACGCUUGCUUGGAUUGGCCCAUCCCUGUUCCCGUCCUUUGUUCCUUUGUGUAAACUGAACGCCAUGAUGGGCCAACUAUUAAUCUCCAUCUCUCUUGUCCGUGAUAGUCCGUAA